AUGUCAAUGGAGGAUAGCAUUAAAUUACCAAAGCUUAGUAGCAAGCCAAGCUCAGCAGCUUCACAUAGAAAUAAAAGCGACAUGGCAGGAAAUAUGAAAAAUGAUCUACAAAGUCCCUUUUAAUUACCUGGAGAUGAUGAUAUUAUGAUGUACGCGUAAAUUGAGCAAUAGCGCAGAAAUGAUUAAAUGAAUUCAACUCAAAAAUAAAAAAUAUGGGAUAAAUUUACAGCGAGCACUCGCUAGCCCUUGAAGCAUUACAAAGAUUUUUAAGCUGAAAUAGAUGAUAAGCACUAACCAAAAAUGGCAUAUAAUAAUGAUUAAAAAUCUACAUUAAUUGAAGCUCAAAGAAUAAUAAAAGAAAGAUAAAAAAAAAGGAAUGAAGGAGCUUUUCGCAGAGAGUCUGCUGUGGAAGUAAAAGAAUAGAAAAAAGAAAUGUUUCUUGUAUCUAUGGCCUACGGAAUUAUAUAAAAAGAGAUAGAGAGACUUAAAACCAAAGCUUAGGAUAAAGAUUAAGCAUUGAUAUAGAGUGAGAAGCAACUAAAGCAAGAUCAUGAAAAUUUUACUAAGUACCUUGAAUAAAAUAAACAAUAAAAACAAGAUGCUGAAUCGAAAGCUGAUGCAGUAAUGAAAGAAAAAAAACACAAAGAAGCUGAGCACAAAUAAUUAAAUUUAAAAUUGGCUACUAUAAAAUCAGAAAAAAUCAGAAUGGAGGAAUAAUUACAAACAUACAAAGAGCACAAAGAAUUCCUUGAUAAAAUAACUCCUAAAGAAUGGAAUGAAGCAAAAGAGAAAAAGAGAUAAGAACUUAUCGAAAAAGUAAAAAAAGAAUGGAUAAAUAACAAAUUAAAUGAGUCUCUAGAGAGAGAUAACAAAUUUGGAAAUAAAAAGAAUCCAAAGGGUGGCAAAACCGUUUUAACUGAAAAAGACAAAGCUUCAUUAGAGGAGUAGUUUUAUUCAAAAUUAGAAAAAGGAGAAAUAGAAAAGAUUGAAUAAUUUGAAGAUAAUUACUCCAUGUAUUUUACAAAUCCUUCAUAGCUAAUAACAAUUUUCGACAAUUUGGAGUAAAAAAAUUUGUUUCUCAUCUAGCUGAAAUAAGAAGAUCAAUAGGAUGUCGAAGAAGUCAAUUUAGAAUUAAAACUUGAAAGAGAUGAUUACUACUAAAAAUCUAAAAUUUUAAGGGAAUAAAAAGCUCUUUUGUAGAAAUAAAUUGAUGAAUAAAUAAAUCAAAUUAAGUCCUUAUAGCAUAAAAGUGACGACAAUAAAAUAAGUAUAAAUAAUGAUCAUCCUGAAUUGAGAAGAAAGAUUAUGGAGCUUUACUAAGAAUUUGGUAAUGAAAUUAAUUUGCACGAUGUUGAUUCAAAAUAGACCUUGGAUGUUUUAGCACAAGUUGAAAUAUUCUUAGAGAGGUAGCUUGAUAAGAUUGCUAGUAUUUAAGAUAAAUAUUUAGUUGAAAGCAAAAGGAAACAAGCUGAAAAAUUAAGAAAAAAUGCUUAAAAAGAAUCCAAAAAAAUAGAAAAGUAAAUUGAGCAAGAAAAGAAAAAUGAAAAGAAUUAUCUUAAGAUGACAUAACCCUCUAAAAAGAAGGAAGGAAGAAUAGACAUGAAGAGGACAACUGUUUAAGUAAAAUAAAAAAAGAAACCAGAUACAGAAAAGAAAACAGACGAAGAAGAGGACAUGAAAUAUUUAAGAGAAAGCUUUUUCUUAGGAGUUCCUAAUAAAAAAUGA